AAACUGACAAAUGAAAUGAUCAGAAAAGGGGAAAAGGAAUAAACAUUAUAAUUGUUAUAUGAUAUAAAGUAUACAGACAAAGUAACAAGAACGUUAACCCAUGGCCUCAUAUUCCUGAGUUUAUCUUGAUGAUUGAAAAAAUACUUCUCAACAAACAGUUGAUAGAAAGUCCUCCAUUAAAGCAUAAGAUGAUCCACUUUUACAGAAUGGCAUUUCUUGCUUUCCCCAUUGAUUAAUUCACUGAAUCUUUUCCCUGCUUUAGACUCAAAAUUAAGUUUCAUUUGGUUUUCCUAUCUCUCUAGCUAGCGCGGCCAUGAUGAAUAAUGGACAUAAUUACCGGAUCAUUAUGUACUUGUGGCUGCUUAGUUGCUUGCUGAUCCAUCAUGGAGUUGAAGGCAAUGGAAAUGUCGUCGCGGCCGCUAAAUGGCUUAGAGAUCCAGACCUUUCAGUCGCUAAACCAGCAGAAGCUUCUUUGAUGGAUAAUGAUAGUACUCAAUAUAAUUUCAUGUCUUCCAAAGUUGAGAAGGUAAUUGCUAAAAAGAAGAAAAUUAAGCCAGCUCCACCGCCUCCCAGGACUAAUAUCCCGGGUCAUGUCUUUCUCAGCCCACCGCCACCUAGACAGCCAAAACCUCCUCCACCGCCACCCCUGGCGACUCCUCCAUCGCGGCUGCACCGUCGAUUAAUUAUUGCCCGAGUGGCUGUGGAAAUGUAAGCUAAGUUGGUUGAGGAGUUGUGUUAGUAUUGUAGCUAUUAGAUACAACAAGUAUGGCAAAUUGGUGUCUUGUGUACAAUGUACGUAUAUGGACGUGUUUUCAUGCUUUCUAUUAUAUAGAUAGUCCUCUAUAAUUUCAGCAAAUCGAUACAUC